GUGUUGGUAGAAUCGGCGGAGGCGGUGGUGCUGCUGCUGCUACUAAUGUUGUUGUGGAUGCUGGUUUUCGCGGUGGUAUAGGUGUUGAUGAUGAUGCUAGAGGCGCUGAAGGUGCUGAUAAUAGUCGUGUUGGUGGAUUUGGUUGUGGUAAUGUUGGUGGUGCUGGUGGUUGUGGUUAUGAUAGUCUUGGUCGUUGUCGUGUCUUUGUUGGUGCUGCUAGGGAUACUGGUUGGGAUG